CUUGAAGUGGUAGUGUUAAUCUUAGAAAAUUUAAAUGGGGAUAUGUGGUUCAAUUUCCUGCUCAAUAGUCAUAAUAUCAUGAAAUGUAUUUACCAACAUUGAAAUGAACGGGUUCGAACUCAGUGGAAUGUGUAUAAAGGAUAGUUGGGAUGCGCACAAGCUUGCCGGAAACCACUAUAGAGGAUUCAUGCAGCUGAUCCAAGCUAACUUAGGAAUUAGGAUUGAGGCUUAGUUAAUUGAUUGAUUAAUGAUGCGUUGUCAUUUGCGAAUAAAUGGGACUAGGUUGGUUUUGGGGCCUUAGUGAGUGAUACUAACUGACACCUAUUAGUUAUUAUUGUAGGAAGAAACACUACUUCUCAAAACAAUUGCUUUCCCUAUGUAUUAGAAACACAACCAUUAGAAAUUGGUUGGUACCCUGUCAUUCUUGAUGGUUUUCCAUAAACAUUUCAUCCACAAUUUGACCAUCAAUUCUAUAGCAGGUAUACAUGGACAUCAUAAAGGAGUUGCUGCAAAAUAUUUGAGAUCUCUAGCUUGACUAUCACACAGGCCUAUGCUGUGUGUGGUAUUAGAAAACAUGGGCUUGUUGUGCAGCAGAAACAAAGGCUACAAUCAAGCCGAUGAUGAGGAAAAUACUCAGACUGCAGAUAUAGAAAGACGUAUUGAGCAAGAAACAAAGGCGGACAAGCAUAUUCAGAAACUUCUUCUACUUGGUGCCGGAGAUUCGGGGAAGUCCACUAUUUUUAAGCAGAUAAAACUUUUGUUCCAAACUGGCUUUGAUGAGGCAGAGCUAAAGAACUAUAUCCCUGUCAUUCAUGCCAAUGUCUAUCAGACAAUAAAAGUAUUACAUGAUGGAUCGAAGGAAUUAGCUCAAAGUGAAUUAGAGGCCUCAAAGUAUCUUCUAUCAGCUGAAAAUAAGGAUAUCGGCGAGAAGCUUUCAGAAAUUGGAGGCAGGUUGGAUUAUCCUCACCUGACUAAGGAUCUGGUGCAGGAUAUUGAAGCUCUUUGGAAAGAUCCUGCUAUUCAAGAAACUAUUUUACGUGGUAAUGAGCUCCAGGUUCCAGAUUGUGCCCAUUAUUUCAUGGAAAACUUGCAGAGAUUUUCUGAUAUAAAUUAUGUCCCAUCAAAGGAGGAUGUUCUUUUUGCCCGAAUUCGAACAACUGGUGUCGUUGAAAUACAGUUCAGCCCAGUUGGAGAGAACAAAAAAAGUGGAGAAGUAUAUAGGCUUUUUGAUGUUGGAGGUCAGAGAAAUGAGAGAAGAAAGUGGAUUCAUCUAUUUGAAGGUGUCACGGCAGUCAUAUUUUGUGCCGCUAUUAGUGAGUAUGAUCAAACUCUAUUUGAGGAUGAAAGAAAGAACCGAAUGAUGGAGACCAAGGAACUCUUUGAGUGGGUCUUAAAGCAACCAUGUUUUGAGAAAACUUCCUUCAUGCUAUUUCUCAACAAAUUUGAUAUAUUUGAGCAGAAGGCUCUGAAAGUGCCUCUGAACGUCUGUGAGUGGUUUAAAGAUUACCAACCAGUUUCAACAGGAAAACAAGAGAUUGAGCAUGCUUAUGAGUUUGUAAAGAAAAAAUUUGAGGAGUCAUAUUUCCAAUGCACUGCACCAGAUCGUGUGGACCGGGUCUUUAAGAUAUACAGAACCACAGCCCUUGAUCAGAAGCUUGUUAAGAAGACUUUCAAACUGGUAGACGAGACGCUGAGAAGGAGAAACCUCUUUGAAGCAGGUUUAUUAUGA